AUGGCGAAUCUUGGACAAGGGACACGUAACUCGGUGACAUGGUCGCGCGAGGAAUUCCGCACGCUAGCCACUGGCAACGCGGACCCGAUAAAUUGGCCCGAUUUCUGGGAGUCAUUAAUGAUCGAUUUGGAUGAAAAAGAACGCGCAGCUCUCGCAAAUAGUGGGGGCUCUGGCCAGCCAGCCUGCCCUCUCAAAGCUUGGCCUAAUCAAGUAAAUAAAGUCACCAUCAAUCUGACUAAAAGCACUGUCGAACUAAUCGCCGACAAGGGCAUGAUCGCCUCUAAGGGUGAUGAAGAGAUCGUCUCCACAACUGUCUUUAGCAAUGACAGCUUCCCACUUGUUGACCGAAUCAACCUCAAGGAUGCGAAAGACAAUAACGCUUGGUGGAGAACCAAAGUCAGAGCAGUCAUUGGCCAGGCUGAGCAGAAUCUCCGUGAAAGGCUCACCCUAGUGAACCUAAUAAUAGAAGCCGAGGACAAGAAAUGGUCCAUCAAGAAACUCAAUGAUUUGGCUGGCACUAUGAAUGUCCUCCCAACGCGAAUCUCACCCGAUCAAGCUGCAAUGCUCAUGGAUAUCUCGAAAGCCCCUGGCCGGCCUCUUCAGGUAAUCUUGCCUCACGAAUCUGACCCAAAUUGA